GGCGGUUGCCGUCCAUCUGCUAUUUUCCUCUAAUGGAUCCAAAGCACCCCCAACAUUGGCCCGUCUCCCUGUUGAAGACAGCUGUCGUAAUGCCGACAUGGGGCAACUAUCUCAGUAGUCUGUCAUUGCUCCUGUAUAAUGGAAUUCUCUUUUAGCAUCAUCUGAACUUUGUACUUAGUUACAUACAGAUAAAUGCAAAGGGAUUGACCGUUGACUACGUGCUCUGGGAUGAGAGCAGUUAAACAGCACCAGGAGUGAUGCUAACCUUAGCCUUGGGGUAGGAAAAAAGCAUUGUCAUUUACUAAGGAGACCCUUCAUCACAAUUUUGUAUAUUGAUUAGGGGGCUACAAAAUAUGAAUACACAUGGAGUCUGGUUUAGACUCAGUGUGUGAUAUUGGUUAUCCUGGGUGAUUAUUUGUUAUGGCAACCUUGAUACUCAAGUAAAUGCAACUUUGAGGAUUCUGAAGAGGCAUUCUUUAUGUUAAUGUCAUUCCCCCAGGAGUCUAACACACACAACUGGGGUUUUAGAAGCCUAGACUCUAGCCCCGCCUCUCACUGGAACCCUGAUGACAUUAUGUAGGUCUCAGUGUUCUCAUCUAUAAAAUGAAAAGAAUCGUCAAAAUCAGCAUUUCCUAAAUGUGUUCUGUAAAACAUUUAUCAGCCAAAAUGUUUCAUGUUAAAACUACCUGAUUUAAGUUGCUGAGAAGGUCUGAUGUUAAAAAACAUGUUGUUUAACCCAGAAUUUCCCAAACUAAUUUCACAAUGGAACCAUAUUUUUUCCAUGUAAUAUGUGUUAAUAUCCUGGGAACUGUUUUUCUGCAGAAGAGAUUUUGGAAAACACUAUUUGUGCCCGUAAGGACCCUAAUAAGUCCACCAUUCUAGAAACAAACUACUAAGCCUGGCUUUCUACAAGAACUUCAUUUUAUGCAUCUUUUGUCUUCAGGCCUCUUUAGCAGAUGUUUAGGUACCUUGUCAAGUACCUUGUCAAUAACACAUGCCAGGGUCCAGAUUUACUGAUAGGUGUCCUAUUCCCUACCCUAGCUCCACAAAGAGAAUUAUGCUUUGUUAACUUAGCCUCUUCCUCUAUGGAGAUUUGUGCCCUUACCCACCCUGUUCCAGGCUUUUUAAAUGCAAAUCAUGGAGUUGGAUGAAAAGUGCUACAACUGGAAAGAUGGCAGGAAUAAAAGAGUAACUUGCCAGACUUCACAUCUAGAUAAUAGUAUAGCUGAGAGGGAAAAAACAUAAAUGAGGCUAAGUCAAGCUGCAUUAAAGAACUGAUAGAAAGGGGAAUAGGAAGAGGGAGAGAAAGAAAAGCCAUAGGCGCUGGAGAUGAGAAAGUUUAGAGUUUGGGAGAGUGAAAGGCUCAUAUGUGGCCUUGUGUAGGGGACCUGGGGAGGAGAGAAAAGGAAAUACAAAGUCUCCCUGAUGGUCAUGAAUUGGCUCGUCUGUAAGGUUCUGACAGAUGCAACAAGACUGGAAUUCCCUUUUAAUUCAUUUUGAGUAUUUGACUGUGCUUCUGACUUUAGUUUCGUACAAAGACUGGACCAUGUGGACCUUGGAAUUUAUUAGAGUUACAAAUAACGCAUUAUCAUUUGCCAGGUUCUUUAAUAGUUAAUCUUAUUUUAUCCUUAUAACACAUCUGUAAAGAAGGUAAGACAUGUAAUUUUCACUUCCCAAUUUUACAGAUGAAUAAACUGAGGCUCAGAGAGAUUAAAUGACUUGCCUGAGUUCUCAUGAAUAGGCACUGGCUAGAAUAGAACCAGGGAGACAUGCAGGACAAAAGAAUUUUGGGCAGGAAACCUAGGUAAGAGGACCAUUAUGUUAUAUUUGCCUUGCUAUCAGAUCUAACAUAGCAAUACGGACGCAGUGGGGGCAUCCACUUCUGACAAAACCUGAGUUUAAGACCAGUGCUCACUUGGAACUUUGAUCUUGAAGUGAAGCACAGAAUGGAGUUCCCAUUAUCCGUGAAAAGGAGUAGUCAUCUGGUUCCCUAUCAUGUCAAUUUUUUUUCCAUGUCUCGUAGCUCUUACAGCGAAUUCUGAUAUCUGGCUUUCCUGUUUCCUAUACCCCUUUCAUCCUCACCUACUGAGACCCUAGCUCUUCAUAGAGUUGGUUCUCAGGCCCUUUCCUGGCCUGGAGCCAUGCAGCUGAGGGGAUUGUUUCUAGUCAGCCUGGGCGUUGAGCCCUGUUGCUGCUGAGCUGUAGGUGGGAAGGCUGGUUUCCAAGCUAAGAAAGGGAAGUGAAUUGUUCAGCGAAGGAUGCAGAACUGGGAAGGGCUGGGGAACACAUCUGCAAGGUUUUGCUCGCCCUUCUGCUUAGCCUCCAAACAUGGUGAUUUACCUUUUUUAUAAAGCACUUCUUAUGUCAAGAGGUAAUAGUUAACUUGGGAAGGAGUUUUAACUGGCAAGUCAUAGGAAUGCUUCAGAAGUGGUGGACGGGGGGAAAGGACUAUAGAGGACAUGUGUGUUGCAGAGAUGUUGCUGGGUUGUUGGAAGUCAAUAGGGAGUCCUCUUGACUGGAAGCCCGCAGAUGUGGGUGUUCUCCAGAGCCCUCGUGUUGGUCAUAGUGUAGAAAAACCUUGUCUGAGAUCCUUGUUGUGUUGGGACUUUGGUUAUUGCUGUUUCAUAUCACAUCAUGUCCCCUGCAUAUAUGCCCAUGGCACGUUUCUCAUGACCUCUAAUGGGGUGUCAUCAUCACCCUACAGUUCACAUGGGGAAAGGGUUACCUCCUCUGUUGGUUGAGAAUAUGGGUCAGAUGUCUCAGCUUUCCUGGUUGAGGGCCUCCCUCGACCUUGUUCCCUGCACAGCUAUUACUCUGUACCUAUGGAUCUUCCUUGGGCCACUCACACAGAUAGCCAGUGUGGCUCCCACCUUGGGAGUUGUAUCCUUGAGCUAAGAUUUUUUCAAGUGGGCUUUCACCAGAAGCUAGAAAGCAAAAUAGUGCAGGAAUAUAACAUGGUACCUGCUAUUCUUCUAUACUCUAGAUUAUCUAAGUUCCAGCCUCAUAUUACAUCAGAUAAUAAUAUCUAACCUGUUUUGAUUAGUUGCUAUAUGCCUGAGACUGUUCAAAGUUCUUUACAUGAAUGAUCUAAUUUUAUUCCCACAGCAGCCCUGUGAGGUAGGUGCAGUUAUGCUCUUCAUUUUAUAGGUGGGAAAAUGGGGCCUCAAGGUACAUAAUGUGUGUAAAGACUCAACAAGUAAUGGAGUCAGAACUGAACCCAGAGGGUCUGACUGUGGAGCUCACACUCUUACCCACUCCAUUAUACUAUUGUUGUUGGCUCAUGAGGAAGUUAUAUAACUCAGAAGUUGCUUUGUUUUCCAAGACCCAUUUGUAACUGGGUUCUGCUGUAAUUAUUACAUGGGUAUGAAGAGCUCCUUAACUCCGAAUGGCCCAAAUCACUUUGACAUAGAUUUUCCUUUUUUCCUCAUAAUAUCUUUUUGUGGUUAAUAUUGACUCAAUUUUGUAGUUGAAGAAAGAAAAGGCCCAAGAAAGUAAAUCACCCUUGGUCACACAGUGAAUCAAUGAUGCCAUUGAAAUUAGAAACAGGCUUCCUCCUUCUCAGGCCAGGACUUUGAGCGCUAAACCCUAUUACACAAAGCUCAUAAGAAAGAUACGUGAGCCUUUCUGGACUUGAGUUUUCUCUAGCCAUCAAAUAAGAUGAAAGGCAUCUCAGGAGUGCUGAUUGUUGUGUGUGAAGUGACGUCAUCUUUAAGGAACAAAUUCUCUGUGACUGGGAAGGAUUGUCAGGAUUGUGGUGGAGGGACCCUAGCACUCUUCAGACCCACACUAGAAAGGAGGGAUGGGAGUGGGUCUUUUCCUCACUGUGAGCAUCCAGCGGAGAUGCUUGCUAAUAACAUGGGCAUUCCUUGUUUCCCCUCCUUGGGGGAUAUAAUGAUAGUAUUCAUUUGCAGGGCCUUUUGCCUCUCGAAAAGACUCUUGCAUGGUCUCUUGACCUCUCCCGUGGAGUGGAUGUCAUCCUCCUGUCAUUUUCUCCUAGCCCUAGGAGUAUAUGGCUGUCUGCCCUGAUUACCAGUGAGUGCACUUAUUAAUGCAUCAGUGCGUGAAGUGCUGGUGAUUAACAGGAGCUGCAGGCAUCUCCCCAUUAUCUUCACGGGCAGCUCCUUGAAAUAAUUUUGCCUGCAAUCACAGCUCGAUUGGUUUGGGUUAGGAGAAAUAAUUUCCUCCUAUAAUGCUGUCACUAUCAAAUUGGGGGCCACAGCUGUGAAGUUGAACUGUCCUUUAGAGGUUGCAAUGGAUUUUGAAUGAUGAUGACAGCCAUGUGCUAAAGAAUAAGUCACUUGCCUGGUCAAACUUACGAGAUGAAAGAUAGGAAAGUUCUAAAGUUAGGGAAAGAGUCUGUUUUUUAUACUUUAGGUUGAGUUGGGAAGUCAAAAUGCAGGAAUCAUGGGUCUCAGAACUCAUCUAGUCUGAAUCACUCUCUUUGUGGAUGAGAAAAUCAAUACUGAGAAAGGAGAAUUAACUGUCCACAGUCACCCAGUUGGUUCUGACAGCACUGGGAUUGUAACUCAGACUUCUUUUCUCUAGGGUACUAUGUUUCAUGGACUAGCAGAGUAGAAGGAAAAACACAGCUAUCUGUUGGAAACUUUAAGAUGCAGUAUGUCCUGUCAAUGUAGAAAAUCACACCUGCUUUGAAACUAAACUUUCCUUAUACUGAGCAGUAUUCUGAUGUCCAAGGCAUCACCUCAACCAAAUUAUAUAAUCAAAGCCACUAAAUAAUGUGUUGGACGAAAACCUAACCCAUCUACCAUUUCAGAGCCUUAGUACUGUAGAUCCUACUGUAUGUAGAAGUCCAAAUAUAAAUGUAUUUUCAUGCUUUGGCAUUGUAAAUUCCAUAGAUUAAGAUCAUUUGAUAGAUAUAAGCUGAAUCUUUUACUAAGAUUUCCCCCCACCCAAAAAAAUACAUUAAAGAAACAUGACAUUCAGUUCUAUUUUUGUUGAGAUUCUGUGGCAGUUAAGGUCAAGAUAAGGACAUUAUCUUGUAUUGCUGUGAUAGAUGAGAAUUAUAAAUCUGUGAGCUGUCCCACAGCUGACCUCAUGGACUUCAGUUCUCUAAAAUUCAGAACCACUUGUCAGUCAAAUUUGAGUACCCAAAAGAGAUGGGGGAGAGGGGGAGUGGAGGAGGGGACAGGGGAAUAGUAAACUAGAGAGCUGGUAGACCAUUAAAGAACCUUACUUGCAAGAUGUGUGCCCCCAUUCUUCUCUUUUCUCCUCUUAUUAUUGUCAUUGUCAUCAUCAUCUUCAUCUGGUAUUUUGUACUUAUACUCUCUACUUGCUUAUCUGAUGACUCUUAAUCCUCUUUGUAAGUUGUAAAGUAAAGAGAGAGCUUCUUCCAGGACAGUGAAAUUCAGAACAGCGCCCAAAAUUAUUUAUCAAAUCAGCUAUAGAAUAUGACUAAUAAGAACCAUUCUUUACAUGCAUAUGGCACUAAAAGAUUCCCAAAUUUUAUAGGACCAACCAACUACAAAGUCGUUAAGAAAGAGAAUAGAAAAUAAAAUCAUGGUCUAUGGCCAUACCACCUUGAAUGUGUCUGAUCUCAUUAGCUAAGCAGGGUCGGGUCUGGUGUGUACUUUGAUGGGAGAAAAUAAAAUCAUGAUUGACUAUAAUUUUUCUAUGGGCCAGUGAAGUACAGGAAUCAACCUUUUGAUUUAUGUCUUCCUAAAGCUACCACUGUCAGCUUUUGUUUGCUUUCGGGUGUACAACCCACAGUGAUUGUGAAUAUAGUGUUAUUUUCAUGACCAUUGAUGCAGUUCAUCAAAUGUUGACUCCUGCUAGGUAUGAAGUUGAUACCCACAUUAGGUGUGCUGAGGAGAACAGCCGUUCAUUGCAUUUGGACUUAACUUUGGUUCUGGCUUAAGGGAUGUCCUAGGGUUGUGGGAGAAGGAGCUGUGUCAGCGUGAAAAGAUGGGUGGUUUGAAGAAACAUUGCUGUGUGUACAAGAGCCAAGCUAUGAGAAUCGUUCGGACGGUGGGGCAAGCCUUUGAGGUCUGCCACAAGCUGAGCCUGCAGCACACGCAGCAGAAUGCAGAUGGCCAGGAAGAUGGAGAGAGUGAGAGGAACAGCAACAGCUCAGGAGACCCAGGCCGCCAGCUCACUGGAGCUGAGAGGGCCUCCACGGCCACUGCAGAGGAGACUGACAUCGACGCGGUGGAGGUCCCACUUCCAGGGAAUGAUGUCCUGGAAUUCAGCCGAGGAGUGACUGAUCUAGAUGCUGUAGGGAAGGAAGGAGGCUCUCACACAGGCUCCAAGGUUUCGCACCCCCAGGAGCCCAUGCUGACAGCCUCACCCAGGAUGCUGCUCCCUUCUUCUUCCUCGAAGCCUCCAGGCCUGGGCACAGAGACACCACUGUCCACUCACCACCAGAUGCAGCUCCUCCAGCAGCUCCUCCAGCAGCAGCAGCAGCAGACACAAGUGGCUGUGGCCCAGGUACACUUGCUGAAGGACCAGUUGGCUGCUGAGGCUGCGGCGCGGCUGGAGGCCCAGGCUCGCGUGCAUCAGCUUUUGCUGCAGAACAAGGACAUGCUCCAGCACAUCUCCCUGCUGGUCAAGCAGGUGCAAGAGCUGGAACUGAAGCUGUCAGGACAGAACGCCAUGGGCUCCCAGGACAGCUUGCUGGAGAUCACCUUCCGCUCCGGAGCCUUGCCCGUGCUCUGUGACCCCACGACCCCUAAGCCAGAGGACCUGCAUUCGCCGCCGCUGGGCGCGGGCUUGGCUGACUUUGCCCACCCUGCGGGCAGCCCCUUAGUUGACCACGGCAUGUUUGAGAAUUUGAACACAGCCCUCACUCCAAAGCUCCAGGCCAGCCGCUCCUUCCCCCACUUGUCCAAGCCCGUGGCCCCCGGCUCUGCCCCUCUGGGCUCUGCUGAGCCUGGGGGGCCAGGACUCUGGGUGGGCAGCAGCCAGCACCUCAAGAACCUGGGCAAAGCCAUGGGGGCCAAAGUGAAUGACUUCCUGCGGAGAAAGGAGCCCUCCAGCCUGGGCAGUGUGGGUGUGACAGAGAUCAACAAGACUGCAGGAGCACAGCUGGCCAGUGGGACUGACGCAGCUCCAGAGGCUUGGCUAGAGGAUGAAAGGUCAGUCCUGCAAGAAACAUUUCCUCGGCUGGAUCCUCCACCUCCCAUAACCAGAAAGCGAACCCCUCGGGCCCUGAAGACCACCCAGGACAUGCUGAUUUCAUCACAGCCUGUCCUGAGCAGUCUGGAGUAUGGGACAGAGCCAUCACCUGGGCAGGCGCAGGACUCCGCUCCCACUGCCCAGCCUGACGUCCCAGCAGACGCUUCACAGCCAGAGGCCACCAUGGAAAGAGAAGAGAGAGGCAAAGUUCUGCCCAAUGGAGAGGUUUCCCUGUCAGUACCUGACCUAAUCCACAAGGAUAGCCAGGACGAAUCCAAGCUAAAGAUGACUGAGUGCAGAAGGGCCUCCUCCCCCAGCCUUAUCGAGAGGAAUGGCUUCAAACUCAGCUUGAGCCCCAUCAGCCUGGCUGAGUCCUGGGAGGAUGGCAGCCCCCCUCCUCAGGCACGGACCUCCAGCCUCGACAAUGAGGGCCCUCACCCAGACCUGCUGUCCUUUGAAUAGAGCCUCUGCUCUUUCCUGCUGAGCUCUGCCCUUGUCUUCCUGCUGCUUUCUCCUCCACUGCGCACACUGGCCCUGGCCUCAACUCCGCUGUGCCCUUUGUCUUCCUUGUAUGAGGCACCAGCAGAGAGCCAGUCGUCCAUCAUGGGAUUUUGCAGGACUGGAAGUCCUUGAGUAGUUCUAGUUAAAGAGUCUAUCCGCAGAAUGGCUGAAGGACUUGAUGCCGUUUUGAGCCUAAUUUUCUGUAACCUCCUGUGAGUAAUGUCCUCUUGGACAUUAGAGCUCUUCCACUCUUGAGCUUGUCCUGUCUUCUCAGUGAAUUGCAGGGCCACCAGCUCAGGACAAUGGAUCUUACAGGAAUUCUUUUUGCCUGUCCCCUACAUGCGCCUCCUCCCCUGCUGUUCUCCCUCCCACACCCCUGUCCCUUCUCUCUCCUCCUUGAUGGGUCCGAUGCCCCUGGCCUCAGCGGGAGGAAGGCUGGAUGAGGAAUGAUGGGUUUGGCUUGAUGACAGGCCAUGGCCUAGAAAGCCACACACCCUGACCACAGCCCAGCCAUAGCUCCUCUUGGUCCCAGGACAGCGCAGGCCCCUGGUUGCCAUGUUUGCUCUGCCCCUGGGGUGGAGGCCAGAGGAGAUGCUUACCAGGCCUGAGACCUUGAGAGUUCACCCAGGGUUUGAACGCUGCCACCCAGGGUUCCCAAGGUUUCUCCCAUCUGGUCAGAUGUCGAACACAAAAUGUGGGCAUUCUGCACAGAAGGAAAGAUCAGGCUUCUCUUGCUGAGUGUGUGAAGACAGGGAGAGCCAGGCCCCAGCAGAUGCAGCCGAGCACACUCUGAUUUUGUUUUGUGGGGAGGGCCCAGGAACAUGGGGGUGGUCUUGGCAUUCAGGGCUGGCACUAAAAACCCAGAGCAGAAGCAGGGAGAAGGGAGUGAGGAUGGGACAGAGAAGAGCGAUCACUGGGGAUCAGAACAGCUUUUCAGGGGCCACCUUGCAGCCUAAAAUAAUGCUGUUUCAGGGCCUGGGCCUGCUGUGAGAGCCAGAAUGAAGCAUGUGCAAGAUUGGAAUGUGAGAACUGUGGGGAGAAACCAGUUUUAAUUAAGUGGAAGUGUUUUGUGCUUGUGCUGAAGUUGCCUGGGCCUCCUGCAGCUCUGGACCUCACUGGAGCGGCCCCGCCCUGCUCUUCCCUGCCUUUCUUUUAUGCUGAUGCUGGUGGGCUUUUUCCUGCUUCAGGAUCCAUGUAAGGGACUGACCAGGUUCAUCCAGCCUUAACUGGUUCCUGCAACCCACUUUUAGGUCUCCCACCAGGGGUCCUAUUGUGCUGUCUUCCUGUGACCAGCAGAUCCUGUAAGGGGGUGAUCCUAAUCCCGGGGCUCUUUGCAGCAAGAGGAGAACGUUCCUUUUCUUGAACAAGGUGGCUGGUUCCCUGGGAGAAGGCUGGGAAUGGCACGUCCGGCCAGAGCAGGCGGUGCGGCAUCCUCCUCCUGGGAUUCCUGUGGCCUCCCCUGUUCUAUUCAUUGUUUGGCUUCCCACCCAUAAGCUCUGGGAUACCCAGGGCUUGCUUCCCAGCUCUUCUCAUCUCCAAGCCUCUGCUCCUCUUCCCACCACCACUGCCAUAUAAAAUGGCCAUGCUAACUCCUACAGAACUAGGAGCCUCAGCAGGAUUGCUAGGAUGUGGGUUCCUUCCUGCAUUCUUGCUUCUGCAGCUGUGUGGCCUUGCCAUGGCCCUCCCACCACUUUCCCUUCUACCUUGCCUUCCAUUAUCUUCCUUCUCCCAGGAAGCCAGGUUUCACCACGUGCUCACCACAAGCUGUCUCCCCUCCCUCGUAGGAGUCGCUGCAGCAGGGCACCUGCAGGCCCUGGUAGAGUGAGCAGGGCUUACAUGUACAUUCUUUCUCACUCCAAGGAUGUGAUAUCUGACCCUGAUGUCAGAGAGGAGGUCUCAGGACUAGCAUUCAGGGUCCUUUGAGUUUUCCCAGAAUGGUUUGGGGUAUCACACAAAACACCAGAGCUGAGGAUAGGGAUAGAGUCCCCAAACACACAUCCUGGGAGCAAGCCACUUCAUCUGAGCUUCCCACACCAGGAGCAUGGUUUGUGCUUUGAUGGGAAACCUAGCAAGCCCCUGCACUCUGGGGCUUCUCCUCUGCUGGAGCCCAGGGCGGCUCUGGCCCAAUGAUAUGGCAGCCAUAGGUACAGGAAUUGCAGGUGCAGCCUUUCUUAAGUACCCUGCCUCCACUCUAUAGCCCAGCUGCUGCUGGAGUCCAGGACCUUAGACCCAGGAUGAGCAAAAGGCUGCCACCAGGUUGUCCAGGACCAUUGCCAGGGUGACCCCAGAGUUCUUCAGACCUGUGUCUGAUACUGAAUACAGUGCCAUGGGACCCUGCUCCAAUCUAACUGCCUACAACCUGCCCGUCCCCCUGCUGCAGGGAUGAUGCUGCUACCUCAGGAGGCUCUCUGAGACUGGCGUCUGGUCUUAGAUGCUGCACAUAGUACCUGGUGCUAGGGUCUAGGUGCUGCCCAAAGCCCAGCAGGAACAGCUACUACUCAUCCUGCAGAGGCCUUGGCCCAGACCAGCUUUCCAUCCAAAGCCUCACCUGGUUUCCAUGUCCAUCUCAACAGUCUGGCCUUCCUGUGACUGCAGCCUGGCAGCCACACCCCCAGUAAUCCCGCACAGUGAGUCCAGCUUCUCUGGGAGCUUGGCCUUCAGUUAGCCCAGUCCAUGCGAGGGCAGGGUAAUGAGGAGGAGUAAAGGACCUAUCUUCUCUGUCCACAUAAGGAAGUUGGGACCACAAGGUCUUUUGUCUCCUUGUUACUCCCCAACCCCACCAUAACCUCCUACUCAGCACACAGCUUUAUCCUGGUAGAUUAUAAGGUGAGCUUCCAGAACCUGGCAGGAGGCUGGUGUAUCCCCCUGCACAGAGGGAAGUGUAUCUGAAUGUUGUGUAUGUGGCUGAUAUGGAAGACAUACAUGUAUGCAAUCCAUCAGCAUUUAAAGAAGAAGAUUGGCUCCAGUUCGGAGGAGGAGGAGGAAGAUUACAGAUCUAUUCUGAGUAUUUUUUAGAGAGUUAAUAUUUAUAUUUUUAGUAAUUUUCUGGUAGAAGGAAAUUGCACAAUAAAAUGAUUUGGUUUGGUUU